GGACAUCCCAUUUACUUAAAGGCUGUCUUUGAAAUGUGACUUGACCUAAAAGGCUUAGUUACCAGGUCAUAGAAUACCAUAAAAAAGUUUGAAAUAUGAAUGAAAACUGAAAAUUAAUUGUGUUGUGUAAACAUAUUUAUGUAAAUAAACUUCUGAAUUCUGAUACCUAUCACCUAUCAAAGAUAAUCACUGAAUAUGGAUGAUGACGAUUAUUGGAAUACGAGUGACACUAAAGCGAAAGCAUUCAGCUUUGACGAUGAUGUGUUAUCUCCGCAAGAGAUCUUGGCUAUUGGGCAGAAAACAUAUCCCGGACAGAAGGAAGAGAGCAUUUUCAGUUCGAGCAGUAUUAGUACGGUGAAGGUUGCUCAGAUUCCAUUAAUGAGUUUAGUUACACCCAAAGUUUUAGAUUUGAUUCUUUUAGCACAAUCAGGGAAAGAUCCAGCCCAAGAACAGAGUCAAGAAUCUCCAGAGACCGUGGCAGUUACAUUGAAAAGGCUGGUCCUCGGUAGGCGAUGUGCUCUCCAUGUACACCGCACAAUGAAGAGCAAGACUGAACUGUUAGACGGAGCUGUGGCAAUAGGAGAUGGGAAUGCUAUACUAACGGUGGUGCUCUUUUUAAUUGCAACAUUGAACAAGAAAUUAGUAUAUGAAUUAUUAUCUUCGAGGCUCAUAGCACUAAACCAUUACAUAAGCUUUCUACAAAAUGAAGGAAAAAUCACUGAACUAACUGAUUUACUUACCAUGCUUGGAAGGAGUCCUGAUGCGGCAAUGGCGCACUUCCAGCACGCCGUUAAGACGCAGGGCAACAACGUGGACGGCUUGCUGCGGAAGGUGACCAAUAUCCUGGCGAACCACUUCAACCAGCCCGGCGUGGACGCGCACCAAACCAAAAUGGUUGAUGCUUACGUUAAGUUACUCGAAUGGCAGAAACUGGCGAACCUGCCGGAGUUGAGCAACAGGUCGGCGUUACAGUGUCUGGCGUACACGUGCUCGCGACACUGGACCGAAGGUGCCGGCGCCGCCAUGUCCCCGCUGACCUUGGGCCAGCGUCAGCAGAUAAGUCCGUUGCAGUUCGACUGGGUCGUUUUGAACGUUCAUGCUAAAUCCGGAAAGUGGGACAUCCUCGAAUCGCUGUUCACGAAAAAGGACUGGCUGGGGCGGAGCACGGUGUCGUCGCACGUGCCGGCGCAGUGCCUGCUGAGGCGGCUCAGCGAGCUGGGGGCCAGCUCCCGGCUCAUGGCCGCCUGCCUCGCCAAGCUGCCGAGCGCCGACGAACGACUCGCUCUGGCGCUCAAUUACAAAGUCCACUGCGUGGUGAUACAGACUUACGCGAAACAAAAGGACCGACUGGCCCUAACCAACUACAAGAUGACGCUGAACCCUCAGAGCGAGGAGUACAUACUCGCCGAGAACACGCUGAGGGAUCCUUCAAUCAAAUGGAAAAAUUAGUACCUAACAUCGCCUUUCUUAAUCAAUAUUAAUGUUAUAUCGAUUUUAAAAAUUAAAACUGCAGUGGGAGGUCCCCUAAAUGAGUGCAGUAGAAUGGUCUCGAGCAGGGAGAGAUGGCGCGACAUCGUGAGACGCAUCAAGUCUGCCCCUUCCAACCCUACAUGACGAUCACGACCACUUUUAAUAUAAAGAAUAAAUGUAUGCGCAUUGAAUAACAGUUAGAGAAAUAAGGGAGUACUAGAUUUCCUUAGGACUACAGGGAAUAGACAGGACCAGCUCGCGCUAACCGUAAAUAACGAUACAUUUUAGAACUUAACACAAAGAAAUAAAGUAAAAAAUCGUUUAAAUAAAGCUUACGAUACGAA